AUGUCCUGCUACGACCUGUGCCCCACCUCUGCCUGCGGCAUCAGCCGGCCCCAGCCCCUGGCCGACAGCGCCAACGAGCCCUGCGUGCGGCAGUGCCCUGACUCCAGCGCCCUGAUCCAGCCCCCCCCGGUGGUGGUCACCUUCCCUGGGCCCAUCCUCAGCUCCUUCCCCCAGAGCUCCGUGGUGGGAUCCUCUGGAGCUCCUGUCCUUGGGGCUUCUGGAGGCUCCCUGGGCUAUGGGGGUCUGGGAGGCUAUGGGGGCUCCUCCCUGGGCUAUGGGGGUCUGGGAGGCUAUGGGGGUCUGUAUGGCUAUGGAGGCUCCUCCCUGGGCUAUGGGGGUCUGUAUGGCUAUGGAGGCUCCUCCCUAGGCUAUGGGGGCUAUGGGGGUCUGUAUGGCUAUGGAGGCUCCUCCCUGGGCUACAGGGGCCUGUAUGGCUACGGCAGAUCCUUUGGCUCUGGCUCCUGCAGCCCUUCCUCCUACCAGUUCAGCAGGUACCGCCGUGGCAGCUGUGGGCCCUGCUAG